AUCUCUGCUCCCACUCCAGCUCCUACCCCUACCCCUAACCCUUUAUAUACUCCUCACUCACUCCUUCCAGUCUCCUGAAAAAAAACCCAUCUCUCUCUAUCUAGCUAUGGCUUCCAACACCGGAGCUGACGAGCGUGACCAGAACAAGCCGGUAACCGGUUACCCAUCUCAGGCUGGCCAAGUUGCCACCGGGUACCCCAGGGCGUCUCCGCUCGUCGACUCCGCCUACUUCUACUCCCCUCCGCCACCUUCCCCCUACUUCGCCGCCGUCGUCAGCCCCGCUUCCUUCUACCCCCCCCUCCGCCGCUCCAACUCCUCCUUCCUCCUCCUCCUCCGCCUCCUAUCCGCUAUGCUCUUCGUUUUCCUCCUCAUCGGAACUAUCUUCUUCAUCUCCUGGUCCGUCGUCCGCCCCCGCCUCCCUGAGUUCCGCGUCUCCUCCGCCUUCGCCUCCCCCCUCAACGCCACCUCCUCCGACCUCUCCGCCACCCUCGACCUCUCCAUCGUCGUCGCCAACCCUAACACCAAGUUCUGCAUCCUUUACGAUCGAAUUGAAGCCUCUGUGUUCUACAGAGACGGGUUCUUAGUUUCGCAAUCCAAAUUGGCUCCUUUUCACCAGGCGAAAUUGAAUCAAACCCUAGUUUCUGCUCGUAUGGCUAUUGUUGGAGCCAAUGUGGGGAACAAUGUGGUCAAGGAGAUUUUGGAAGAUGAGAGGAAUGGUACCGUGAGUUUUGGGGUUAGGGUUUUGGCUGUGGUUAGGUUUCGAAGUGGUGGUUGGCUUACCAGAAAGCGUCUCAUGAGGGUUUACUGCUACGAUGUCGAAAUUGGGCAUUCGGCUAGUGCUGGUGAUGGGUCGGGGUCUCUCUUGACUCCAUCUAAAGAAUGUGAGAAUGAACCAUGUUCAACAAGAUCAAGUGUUGAAGCUAGAGUAAAUAAUACAAGCAUGCAAGAUGGAAUCCUACCUAUGAUUUUACAGCUGGAUGGCAUGGAUCUCAUGAUAGGCUUUCUGGUAGGUAGUUGCUCCUGUCAAGUUUCACCUGCUUACGGUGUACAUGUCGAUGCUUACAUUGAGGGAAUUAAUUUGACUGAGUGAAAGCAUUCUUGGCCUCAUCUUCCUCACCUCGUAUAUCAUGUCAGCCCCUUAGCUCUAGGGCACAAUUCUGGAACAACUUAAAAGCAAGGAGCUGCUAUGCCACAUUUGGUUGCAACAAUGGUUCAGAUGUAGCUUUGAAGAACAAUCCUUCACCUCUACUCAUUGUGAUGACUUAUUGUCUCGAGGUAGCACUGUUUCUUGGGUCAGAUACUUCCAUAUUGAUUCCACGGAUAGUUUUCUUUCAUUUUCCAUGCCUUUCUUUUCACAACCUCAUCUUUUCAUAUUGGAGUUUUCUCUAUCCUCUGCAGUGGUGCUGGAGAGAACUUCCCUCCAAUCAUGGCCAUUAAUUACAGUUUGACCCCAAUAUUUCUUACUAUCUUCACAAAGUUCAAAAUUCUUUUAUAUUUUUUUGAAAACAAAUAUUUGUCCGUACCUU